AUGGGCGUGGACCUCGAGCCGACCAACUACUACCUCGGGCAGGUGCUCAGGGAGAAGUACAUCAAACCCUCGACGCUCGACCAGUCGUUCGUUGACUUUGAUUCGGUCCGAUACCACCUCUCGACGCCCGUCCGCAAAUCCCUCCUCCUCCUCUCGAUGGACGUGCCGUGCUGGGCCGAGCUCCAGGCGUACGGUGCGCGGGAGGUUCUCGAGCGCGAGUACGGUCAGAGGUUGUUGCCCGAGGGACAGACCGAGGAGGGCUACAGCGUCAGUCUCGAGAUUGACCUCGAGCAGGGUCCCGCAGAGGGUGCCGAGCGAGACGCCCUGAUCCACGCCCUCACGCUCCUCAAGCGCAACGCCCUCGCCGCGCCGUUCGAGCGCGCGUUCGCCCUGCAGAAGAGGAUGGAGGAGAGUCCCGUCGAGGAGGGUGCGAAGGAUUCGCGAGGCGAAGUCAUGGCCGUACACUACCGCCCCGAAGAAGCGAUCUACCUCAUCCCCUCAUCCGACCGCGUCACCGUCAUCUUCAGCACCAUUUUCAAAGAAGAGACCGACCGAAUCCUCGGCAAGGUCUUCCUCCAGGAGUUUGUCGACGCGCGCAGGAGGCCAAGUUGCCAGACCGCGCCGCAGGUCCUGUACAGUAACCGCGAGCCGCCGCUCGAGAUUAGGCACAUCAAGGGGCUGGACAUGACCGAGCGCGCGGGAUACGUGACUUUCGUCCUCUUCCCUCGCCAUAUCACGCCGCAAGUCGCCGCCGACACGAUCACCCGCAUCCAGCUCUUCCGCGACUACCUGCACUACCACAUCGCCUGCUCAAAGGCCUAUCUGCACUCGCGUUUGCGGCUGCGGACGUCUCAAUUCCUCAAGCUGCUCAACCGCGCCAAGCCCGAGAAGCCCGAAGACCAGGUGCACCAGAAGACGGCGAGCGGUCGGAGCUUUGUCAGGACGUGA